AACUUCCGGUUCAUGACACCGUUUAGAAUUUUCUUUCUGUAAUUUUUCUUAUCGAAAUGCAGAAAGAAGAAAAACUUCUAGAGACAUCAUUACCAGAUAUUAUUGCUAAAGUUGCAGAAAUUAAAAAUGCCAUAGCUUCAUUUUUGUUUAAGCUUGAAAAUGAAUAUGCAACCUUAAAUUGGCCAAGCAUGCUGGAUAACUUUGCACUGAUUUCCAGUAAUAUGAAUUCCUUGAGUAAAGUAUUGAAAGGUGAAAGAAUACCACCAUUAAGAAAUUUUACUCUGUUUCCUGUUUUAUUAUCACCAGAAAGAGAUCAAGAAUUAGAGAAAUUAACAGAAGGAAGAUUAUUUAUGUGUAAUCAUGAAGUAGUGCCAGAUUAUUUAAGAACCAAACCUGAAACUGAUGUUGAAGAAAAAAUUAAUCAGCUAAAUACUAAAGCUGGUACUAUCCCUUCAGAUAAUGCUCAGAAACAACUAAAUAACCUAAAUAAAAUAACCAGUAAUAUAUUAGAUAUUAUUAAUAGUUAUAAAGAAGAAUGGGACAAUGAAUCAAAACAGAAAACUCAGCAACCACAAACAUCAUCCCAGGCUGAAACUAAUACAUUGAUAGCUGCUAUUUCUAUGGGAAAAGGUUUAAGACUUCAGUCACAGAUAUCCCAACAGCAGAUGCAACAACAAAUGCCAAACAUGCAACCUGGUCAGAAACCUAUGUCUGUUGGUAAAGUUCCAAGUACAGUUAAAACAACAAUAAGAGCUGGAUCUCAUCCAUAUCAACGAUCUUGACCUCCAAAUUAACAAAUUUGAACUCUUUGAAUAUGUCUGUGGUAUUAGAACACUAUCGCUAAACAAAUAGUUAUAAAUCUAAUCACCAUGGAAAGAAGUGAUGAAGGUACCUUCCAAAUGGAUUAAAAGUUGUCAGGCUAUAGAGGACUCUUUGCCAAGCAAUACAAACGCUUCUUUAGUUUGUGACUAUUGUGAGGGACUUGGCCAGAAGUGGGGCAUUUACUUUCAUAGUGAUAAUAUGUAAUUUGUAAUGUGUUAAUUUGUCAAUUGAAGUAAACAUGAUAUCAAUUUGU